UUUCCUUCCUCAAUCAUCAUCUUCCAAAUGUGCCACAUUAAAACAGCGCGCGCAGGGAAAAGUAAACAAUAACUGAAUAAAAAGAAAAAGAAGAAGGAAACGAAGAAGAAGCAAGCAUGUCUAAAAGAACAGUCUUUACAACCAUCAGCCCGUUACCGGCGGGCGUCUCUCGCGAGGUGGUCAUCGACUUUUUACACAACCACACCGAGAUGAUCGACCUCAACCCGCUCGUGAUAGAGCGCCACCCCAUCGAGCCCCCCGAGGGCGCCGACCUAGACGAGAAGACGUGCGUCUGGUAUUCCCUCACAGACAAGAUCGACUACCUGCCCGGAGGCAAGGUCUCAGGCGACGUGAGCUACACCUGCGCCUUCCACGACCUCCCCACCGGCAUCCAGACGCACUGCCGAGCUCCCCUGGGCGUCGACAUCCGCAACAGGUGGACCCUCAACGGCACCCUGCCCGGUGAGCCCCCCGAGCGGCCCGAGCUGGGCCUCGGCGCCCCGGCAAGCGGGCUGUAUCUUCGUGAGGACUGCGACCUGCGGUGCAACAUCCUUAUGACAGGCUUCGUCAAGAAGAACCUGAAGAAGUCCCACGCCGCACUGGUCGACAGGCUGGUUGAGAAGGCC